AUGGCGUCCUACUUAUCCUACUUCACCUCCCACACCGCGAGCGCUCCCUCAUCCCAAGCUUCAACUCCUAGUGCUACUUCGACAUGGUCAACCACAUUCUCGUCACGCAUAGCGACUCUGCGAAAGGCUUUGACGAAAGACUCGGAGGAAGACGACCCGGACAAUGAAGAUUGCUCCCAUAUCUCGAAUGUCCUGCGGGCUUAUUACACGGAAAAAGGGCGGCCCUUCCCUGAAUGGCUUCCACCGGAUCCCAAAAAGCCCGUCACUGCCCCUCCUCAGCCACAGAUCUCGUAUGGGCAGUACGGCAAUACCUUCGGCUCCCAUCACAGCAGUCAACAAACGCAUUCAAGAGAUUCAUCGGGAGGGCGAGGAGGCGGCUUAUCUGACCUUUGGGAUACCACAUCAGCACCUGCGGCGCCCGCCCCUCAAACCCUCCGAGCCGCCCGUAUAACGCCGCAUUCGUUACGUUCGCACGACUCCGGCAGGUCACAGUCGAGCGGUGGUAGUCAAACAGCAUCGUUCGACGGUCCCGGGAUGGGAGCCCGGCCUCUCCCUAGUCAAAGGGCUGGGAGCCAUCAGACGAUCCCUACCGCCAGUACAGCAGCGCGGGGAUCUCGUGAUCGCCUCCGUGCACGUUUGCAAGGAGGGGGCACUAGCAGUGGAAGGAGCAGUCCCUCCGCUGGCUUGGGCAGUGGAGGGAAUGGUUCCCAGGCGUCCUAUGGCGCACCGGGCGGGAGGUCUGGAAGUCAGAAUCGAAAUGGGUCGUCUCAGCCCUAUGUCUCGGCAUCAGAGCCUUGGGCAACAGGAUCACCAGCCGGAGAUCCUUACGGUUACACCGCUGGCUCUACAGGCGGUGGUCUGGUAUCGAACCAAUACAGUAACCGGGAACAACGACACCGACCUGGAGGUCCAAGAUGA